AUGAAUACAGCGGCAACAGUGGACGGCACUGGCAACUUCUCUUCGGAGCAAAAGGCGCCAUGCCCAGUUGCAGCGUCCGCAUUGGUGCCCUUUUCGUUCCAUAAUCCUUUUCAUAAUGCGCUGCAAGACGCUACCCGUUGGUUUCCGAUUGCCGGUAAGGCUAUUCGCAUAGAUCAAGCAUGGCAGAGCGACGGACGAGGUGGCACAACUUUGGGCUACGGGGCUUCAGUUUAUGACGCAGCUAUUGCAUUAUCGUUAUAUCUUGUGGAUCAUCCGGAUUUGGUAAAGGGGAACCGCAUCAUUGAAUUGGGAUGCGGCCCGGGACUCGUUGGAGUCGUAGCUGCUCACCUCGAGCCCAAGAGUGUCGUGAUUACUGAUGGGGACUCAGCUUCAGUGGCUCUCACACAACAUAAUGUUCACCUGAACAAUCUUUCAGCAGAUAUAUGCACCGUUGAGAAAUAUAUCUGGGGUGACUUGGAGCACCACUUGGUGUCGAUGCACGCCCCUUACGACGUGAUCAUUGGAGCUGACAUAGUAGCGUGUCCGUACGCUUCAGCUUUUAAAGAAUUGAUGAGAACACUUCAAAAAAUGGCUGGGCCGAAAACACUCGUGUUAUUGGCCUACAAAAGGCGACAAAACUCGGAGGAAAAGUUUUUCAAGAAUUUGGAAACAGCGUUUGAUGUCAAGCAAGUUGACCGAUCACAGUUGCACCAAGACUUUCAAAAUGCAGAGAUUGUAAUUUUUCAGGCGCACCUGAAACAUAAAGAAGGGCGUAGCUGA